CAUUGGAGAGCCAGGACGCAGACGCAGGAGAUAUCGCAGGAAACGCAGUGUCCAUCACUUCAGUUGAUGUAACACACAGCUUAUGUUGGAGGCAGUUAUUUAACAAUACAUAUAAAAAAAAAAAAAAAAAGGAGAGAAAAUGGGACAUACCGCAAUACCUAUAUUGAUGGCUGUAUUGUCCUACUGCGUGUGGGAAAACGUCGAGGCUCUGGCCAUGACCGAGGUGAACGGGCCAAACAUCCAGGUGGCAGAGCCGCAGAUUGCCAUGUUCUGCGGCCGUCAGCUCCUGCACAUGAACCUACAGACUGGCCAGUGGGAGCCGGAUCCUCAGGGCCACCAAGGCUGCUUCAAAGAGCCCGGUGAAAUCCUGUCCUACUGUCAGGAGAUCUACCCAGCACUUCCAAUCUCCCACAUAGAGGAGUCAAAAAGACCUGCCACCAUCCCCGCCUGGUGUAAGAAAGGUUGGGGCCACUGCCAGACACACCCCUACAUAGUCCUGCCCUACCGCUGUCUAGAGGGGGAGUAUGUGAGCGAGGCCCUGCUGGUGCCCGACCGAUGCCGUUUCCUCCACCAAGAGCAGAUGGAUGCAUGCGAGAGUUACGUGUACUGGCACAACAUCGCUAAGGAGGAAUGCACUGCAGACAAUUUGGAGCUCCAUAGCUACGGGAUGCUGUUGCCAUGUGGAGACCACUUCCGGGGGGUUGAGUAUGUGUGCUGCCCAGGCCGAGGGACUUCCAGUGGCAAAGGAGAGACAGAGGAAAGAGACGUCCCUGCCGGUCCUCAGACACUCUCAUCUCACACCAGUGGAAAACUCAACUCUGUCACCAAAGUGACAGACCCCACUCCUGACACAUAUGUGGACGAGGCCGAUAUGGAAGAGGAGGAUGAUGAAGUAGUGGAGGAUGAGGAGGAGGAGGAGGAAGAAGAGGGGGAGGAGGAAGUUGAUGAAGAGGAGGCGGAAGAAGAGGAGGAGGAGGAGGAGGCAAUAGCUGUGAAAGAUCCAGAAGAGUAUGAAUACACCAUUGACUCAGGUCCCUACCAGACGUUAGACUAUCUGGACUCCUACUACGAGAAAAGCCACAAACCCACCACCUCUGCACCUCUGAUGAAGGGGGACAGCUUGACUAUACCUCGGCCCACAGAUGGCGUCGAUGUUUAUUUUGAGAAGCCAGUUGAUGACACCGAGCAUGCCAACUUCCUGCGUGCCAAAACAGACCUGGAGGAGCGCAGAAUGAAGCGCAUCAAUGAGAUCAUGAAGGAAUGGGCAGAGGCAGACAACCAGUCAAAGAAUCUGCCAAAGUUAGAGCGACAGGCCCUGAAUGAGCACUUCCAGUCUGUGCUGCAAACUCUGGAGGAACAGGUCGCUGGAGAGAGGCAGAGGCUGGUCGAGACACAUCUUGCCAGAGUGGAGGCCAUACUCAACAACAACCGUCGCCUGGCCCUGGAGAACUACCUCACUGCCGUGCAGUCUGAGCCCCCUCAGCCAGAGCGUGUGCUGCAGGCUCUGAAGCGAUACAUGGCUGCAGAGCAGAAGGACCGCAGACACACUCUCAGGCAUUACCAGCAUAUUGUGGCUGUUGACCCCCAGAAGGCUGAGCAGAUGAAAUUCCAGGUGUACACACAUCUCCAUGUAAUUGAAGAGAGGAUGAACCAGAGUCUUGCACUGCUGUACAAGGAUCCUACCUUGGCUGAAGAGCUGCACAAUGAUAUCCAGGAGCUGGUCAAAGCAGAAAGAGGAGACAUCAGUGAGCUCAUGACCACCUCCUUCUCUGAGACCCGCACUACUGAGGAGCUUCUGCCUGCUGAGAGCGAGGAGGAAAAGGACGAUGAGGAGGAAGAGGAGAGAGCCUUCCAGAACAGGCCUUAUCCUCCCCGCAUUGAAGUACAGACUAACAAGAAAGUGUCUGCAGUUGAUGAAUAUGAUUAUACCACAUCUGAGAGAGGCCCUACUUAUGAAUAUGAGGAAAAGAUCAACACCUCUGUGGAGCUCAAGCAGGUAGUCAACAAGCCCCCCGAGAUCGAGAGAGAUGAGCUGCAACCCGAUGCCUUGGAAACGUUUAACCGUGGCGCCAUGGUUGGGUUGCUUGUGGUGGCCGUGGCGAUUGCCAUGGUGAUGGUAAUCAGCCUGCUCCUCGUGCGCAGGAAGCCAUAUGGCACUAUCAGUCAUGGCAUCGUAGAGCAGGUUGACCCCAUGCUGACACCAGAAGAACGACAGCUCAACAAAAUGCAAAACCAUGGCUAUGAAAACCCUACCUACAAAUUCUUUGAGCAGAUGAACUGAGGUACUGGGGCUGCCAACAAGUCAUGCCUGAUCACUUGUUUUGUCCCGUCCCCCCCCCGACACUCCUUCCUUACAGUGGUAACAGCUACACUCCCUUUGACGGAUUUAUGAUGUGUUGCAACAUAAAGUAAACGAAUAAGUACAGGGUACAUCCCAAACCCAUUGUAAAUGACCAACAACAUGUCAUUACCAGAAUGUGAAUAAUGAGAUAUGAUACAAACUCACAUCACCUAUUGUAAUCUAAUACUCCUCUGGGUUAGAGUCUGAGGAUUGUUCUUUCCAUUAGCAGUGCCACAGCAUUUCAUGAUCCUGAAAACAUUCACCUCACAGACAGGAAAACCAUCCCAGUGGCAUGACUUGACCUAUUGCUCCUCACUAGAAACUGAAGUUGAACGGUGCGUAAUGCUUUAUAGUAUUUCUUUUUCAGUAGUAGUCUCUUUCGUUCAAAUUGUACCACAGUUAGAUAUAAUGUAUCUGUGUAGAUGAGUGCGAGUGAAAGCCUAGUUUAAUUUUGGUCAAACUGUCCUAACCUCCAUUAGCUACUGUAACAUUGGACAAUACCUCUAAUAUUAAGACAUGAACAUUAGGUGAGGAUUUGUAGGUGUUUACCUUGAAUGUGUGAGACAUUUAGGCUUUAGUUUUACAACAUAGAAGGCCAAAAAGACCACAAUACAGAGCUAUGUGCUGGUGGUACAAAUAAAAAUCAUGUGUCUAAAUUCUGAGGAUCUGCCCUCAAUAUUUGUAUACAUUUUUUGGCAAAAUAUACCAAAUAUUCAAUCAGUGAAUGAGUUUAUUUUAUUUGUACUGCUACCUAAAGAACUGAAAACACAAUAAUCAGAAGUCCGUUAUUUUAAUGAAAGCAUGACAACUUGGUGUAUGAUACUGCUGUAUUUAUUUGUGUUGUUCCUGUCAUUGCUUUUGAAAAAUCUGAAAUGUCAGCAUUCAAAAUUGACACUGUAAAUAACGUAAGAAAAACAUACUACUAGGUGUAGACAUUUCUAUGAUUAAUUUGCAUCGAUGUAAUGGAAUAAGACAUAAAAAAUAGUACAUUGUGCUGUUACGAGAAGGAGAAACAUUUUCCUAACAUGGCUGAUUGAAAACGGACUGUUGUAAAAACCAGCACAAGACAACGAUACAGUAACUUCUUUCUGAAUGUAUUUAAGGUAGACGUUGAGAUUCCAUCUUCUUUUCAGUAAUGCAUCAUUCCCCGAGUAGACCUCCACAGGAGUAUUAAAGUUCAACACAUCCAACAGACUACAUGCCUGAUGCACUUGUUAUCACUUCCUGUAGCAGCCUGUUCCUUUUCACAUUUGGCAGGUGUGCUUCAAGGUUGUUAUACACUACAGAGCAGCAGAUUGUAAAGAGGCCACAGCUAAAGUAGUGUGUCAGUGUGUAUAAUGAGUCCUAAAAACAGACCACACUCAGGCAUGAUAGAAGUUAAAUGUGCUGUAUGUCUCUUAAUCUCCCCGUUUUACAUAUUUGGACUCAACAACAUUGAAUGUUAGUACUAGUACUAGUGUUUAAGUUACUCUCUUCUGAAAAAGCUUUUCACUGAAUGACUCAUUGUAGUUUGUCAUAUUUAUGAUCAACACAGUACCCUGUAUAGGUAAGCAAAAAAAAGGGACUGCCCCUUUUUUCUGGCUGAUAGUUAACUGCAUAGUGUGUCAGGUUGAAUUUCCUUUAGCCACUUGAUUCUAUCAGACUAUCUUGGUAAAGGAAGGUCACAUUGUGGGAUGUUGCUUUUUGUUCAUCAGUCUUUGACUAUAUACUAUAGUAGAGAUAAUACAUACCAAAAUCAGUUCAUAUUGUAUUUAUUUGUUACUGGUGGAAGUUUUCUUUUUUUUAAACCUGCAUUUGUCCAUUCAGAGGAAGAGUUGUUUACUUUUUAUGUUGUGUUUUUUUGUGUCUCGUUAGCUUGGAAAUAAGCAUAACGAGUUUGACUAUCAGAGGUAUGAUUUAGCAUUAAUCUUAAAUUGCUCUCGUUAGGCAGGUUAAUUGCAGGUUGCAGUUGUGUUAUGACAGGCGAAGAGAAGUCAUACACCUUGUAUAAUUUGUACAGCUACGUUAGUGAAUGAAAACGUUGUAUGUUCACAGUUUAAGUCAGUUGAUCUUGUAAUGAUACUACUGAAACCAUAGAUGAGAAUAAGCUUGCCUGUGUUUCCCAAACCACUGAAGGUUUCCUACCAGCAUUUAGCAGACUUAGAAUGGUGUAUACUGUAGUUACUCAAAUCACAUUUGUACGUACGUCCUCUGAAUUCUAGACUUCUUUGUUGGUCUGUACCCUUAUUUCCCAACGAAACAUAAACGUAAUUGAGAUUUUAAUUGCUGCAUUAUUGCCUUUUACAAUGCUGUGUUUUGGAUGUAAUUAUUCUGUAUUUUUUAUUUCUAUGUAAUAAUCAGUUGGAUUGAGGGUCAUGCUUUUCACCUGUAAUGUAAAUUAAAAAGCUUGUAAGAGAAAACAUUGAGACAAGUUCAUAAUGAUAGAUGUAAAAUAUGGAUGCAUAUAUGGCCUCUGCCUAAUUGACAAGGAGUGGCACUAAGCACAAGUAGAACCAAAUUACUCAAUUUGUGUACAGGUUGCUAAAAAUUUGACAUUGAUUCUGUCUGUCUGAUUUAAAUUAUUCUGCAUUAGUUCUAGGGAUGUUGAUAGCAUCAAAGAGAGCUGUCCUUCAUUUUCAUUCAGACCUUUAACCAAAGACAUGCUCCACAAAUAAGCAGACAGAUACUCCUAUUUGGCAAAAUGUUCUCUGUUGUGUAACUGUAUUUGCAAGCAAUCUGAGAAAUUAAAACUGGUCAAGCUAAUCAAUAGUGUAAUAAAAAAUGAAU